AUGACCAACGACACCAAGUCAGAAGCUCAAGGCAGCACGCCGCUCAAGUCGUUCCUCUCGGGCGGCUUUGGCGGCAUGUGCCUCGUCGCUGCCGGCCAUCCGCUCGACUUGAUCAAGGUCAACAUGCAGACGAUGCCCAUGCCAAAAGCUGGCGAGGUGCCCAUGUACUCGAGUGCUGUCGACUGCGCGCGCAAGAUCGUGGCCAAGGACGGGCCGCGCGGGCUCUACCGUGGUAUGGUCGCGCCGCUGGCCACGAUUACGCCAAUUUUUGCCACGUAUUUUUGGGGCUACGACCUCGGGGCGCUGCUUGCGCGCAAGGCCGCGGGGAUAGCGGACGACGAGAAGCUCUCGAUGAACCAGAUCAUCUUUGCCGGCGGCUUCUCUGCGAUUCCUACCACGGUCGUCAUGUCGCCCGGCGAGCGCAUCAAAUGCUUGCUCCAGAUCCAAGCCCAAGCCGUUGCGAGAGGCGAGACGCCGCAGUACAAGGGCAUGCUCGACUGCGCGUCGCAGAUCUACCGCACGGGCGGUCUCUCGAGUCUCAUGCGGGGCUGGGAAGCGACGUUGCUGCGGGACAUUCCGGGCUCGGCUUCAAGCGGCUCCUUACGCCGGCGGGCACACGCACAGACGACCUCAGCGCGCUUCGUAUCUUCUUUGCUGGCGGCAUGGGCGGUGUGA